GACAAGUUAAUAAAGGCAGAAAAAUGUGAGGAGCUGAGUGGACUUUGCUGGAAAGCAGAAAAGAGGAAUCAGUUUUACAUUAGUGAAGGGUUAAGAAAUGAAUAACUUGAAAAUGGAUCUAUCUGCUCAUGGCUCACCAGUAACCAUUAUAGAAAACAUUGCCUCCCAGCUAGAAUGCAGUACCUUGGACAAGAAAGUCGCUCUGUACUUAGAUGAAGAAGAUGAACUGAAAUAUCUCCGAGAAUGUUUCCAUAUUCCCAAAGUGAAGGAUCUGCCUCCAACCAACUUAGCUUUAGUGAAAGAAAAUGACGACUGCAUCUACUUUGCUGGAAACUCUCUUGGGCUUCAGCCAAAGAAAAUCAAAAUGUACUUGGAUGAAGAACUUGACAAAUGGGCUAAAAUUGGUGUCCAUGGCCAUUUCAAUGGUAAACGUCCUUGGGCUUUAGGAGAUGAGUGCAUUGUAGAACUAAUGGCUAAUAUUGUGGGGGCUCAUAAAGAUGAGAUAGCACUAAUGAAUGGUUUGACAGUUAAUCUACAUCUACUAAUGUUAUCCUUCUUUAAACCUACUUCAGAUCGCUAUAAAAUCUUCCUUGAAGCCAAAGCCUUCCCGUCUGAUCAUUAUGCUAUUGAAUCACAACUCCAAUAUCAUGGGCUUGAUACGGAGAAGAGUAUGCUUAUGAUAGAACCACGAAAGGGGGAGGAGACCUUGAGAACUGAAGAUAUCCUUGCUGUAAUUGAGAAGGAAGGGGACUCCAUUGCAGUGAUUCUGUUCAGUGGUGUUCAAUACUACACCGGGCAGCUGUUUGAUAUCUCAAAAAUAACAAAGGCUGGUCAAGCAAAGGGCUGCUUUGUUGGAUUUGAUCUGGCUCAUGCAGUUGGCAAUGUGGAACUACAUUUACAUGACUGGGAAAUAGACUUUGCUUGCUGGUGCUCCUAUAAGUACUUGAAUUCUGGAGCAGGAGGUCUGGCUGGUGCUUACAUUCACAGGAAACAUUUCCAGAGUGUGAAACCAACUCUUAUAGGAUGGUGGGGUCAUGAAUUGCAAAGCAGAUUUCUCAUGGACAACAAAUUACAACUAAGUCCAGGAAUCAAUGGAUUUCGGUUAUCAAAUCCUCCCAUUUUAUUGGUGUGUUCUCUUCAUGCCAGUUUAGAGGUCUUCAAUCAAACCACAAUGACACUUCUGAGAAGGAAAUCUGUUCUUCUUACUGGUUAUUUGGAAUAUUUGAUAAAACAGCACUACAGUGAAGACAAAAAUAACCCGGGAAAACCAUUUGUAAAAAUAAUCACACCUUCAAACAUUGGCGAAAGAGGAUGCCAGCUCACACUGACUUUCUCCAUUCCAAUUAAACCUUUGUUUAAGGAACUGGAAAAAAGAGGAGUUGCUUGUGACAUGCGGGAACCCAACGCUCUCCGUGUUGCUCCAGUUCCUCUCUACAAUUCUUUCUGUGACGUGCACACAUUUAUUGAAAUCCUGGGAUCUGCAAUGCAAUUACAUCUGUAAAGGAAAGAGCAAACACUACAGCAUUUUCCUGAUCUUAUUGAUGGUGCAGCUGUAUCUUUUAAUCUAUUUCUGACUAAGAUGCAUCAAUGCUUUUGAGCAUUUUGUUUGUUUCUAUUAGACUAGGCUAUAUAUAUUCCACCAAUUUACCCCAUAAGAUUGAUUUUGCUUGGAUAGUUAUUUACAAUAUCCCUUUUAUUAAAACUCAUAUUUCCAUUCA